AUGACCAUGGCGGAACGACCCCGACCGACCCUUCUCAGGCGUGUCCUGACAGCAAUCAUCGACCCCGUUGAUCGCGAGGAACAGGGCUACCCUCAAUACGCUACAAUGCACGGACUCCACAACCCAGAAAACGAGGGUCUAUCCAUGGGAUCCGCAAACAAUCCACAACUCGUGCGCCGCCUGACGGUCGCGACCACCCACGCAAGCACCCUGAUCCCCCCGUCAGACAAACUGCUCGUCUUCCGCGCUCUCACCGGCAUCGACAGCGUCCCGGCCCUGACAAUUCCGCACCAUCACCAGCGCACCGCGCCCAACGUCGGCAUCUACACGCGCGUCGUGCGCGCUGAGCGGUCCGCCGCACAGCGGUACCAAUUUUUCAGCAUCCUCAUGAACACCUGCCUGGGCAUCCAGAUCGUGGUCGCGGCAGCGCUGACGGCCCUCGGCGCCGCGAGGGGGCCCCACUCGGCCGUCACGGCGUUCGGCGCCAUCAACACUAUCAUGGCGGGUAUCCUGACGUACCUCAAGGGGUCGGGGCUGCCCGAUCGUUUGAAGCACUACCAGAACGAAUGGCGGAAUAUCCGGGAGUAUGUCGAGCAGCGGGAGCGCGAGUUCUGCCUCGAUGGCUGCGAGCUGGAUGUCCAGGAGGAGAUUCUUUUCAUCGAGAGUAUGUAUGAGGGUGUCAAGCGGGAGAUCGAGGCGACCAAGAGCGGGGAGAAUCGCACGAUGGCUGGACCAGGGCAGGUCCGUCGGUCGUUUCUGCCGCAGGCGCGGGCCCCUGAGUCGCAACAGCCUAGGAAACCUGAUGCGGGCAGCCCGGUGUCUUUUCCUGAGCCGGUAAUGGAGAAGAACCCGCAUUGUCGGUCUCCUGAGCGAGCUUGA